AACUUAUUAUUAUUUUUUAUAUAAAUCAAAGUUGAGGCCAUUGAGACUGCGCCUUUGACAGCGACUCAACGCACCCACUCUCCUCGCUCGAGCUGGUUUUAUCAAUGGCUUAGCUGGGGACUAAAGCUUCCACUAUAUGAAGAGGAAGAUGAAAGAACUGAUGUGGUGAAGGAACUUCUAAGCAAUAUGGAAUUGGCCAAUAAAUGUGUGGAAAACGAAAAUGAUGAUCAUGGCAUGUUUCUCCAAGAAACAAGGAAAUAUGUUGGUUGUAAUUAUAAAAUUAAAGAUGGAAUUUGAUUUCAAUUGGUGGAACGUGAUUCAUGCAGCCGACACGUUAUGAUUAAAAACAAGGCUAGAUGAAGUUGUGACGAUGAUGAUGAUGAUGAGAACAUGGAUUUUAAUAUUUGCACCAUGAAGUAUACAGAAUUGGAAAUCUCUAAAAUGUGAAGUGAUACCAACGCAUGAUUAAAAUUACUACUAGAUAAUACGCUCGCCCCAAGGGCUAAGAAACGGGACGGCUUGGACUUGAUGCCGACAUCAACCCUUUUUUUUUUUUCUCACACCUAGACUUACCCUCGGGUUAAUCGAAGAAAAGAUUCAGCAAAAAGUUGGUAAUGUUAACAAGGCGGAAGAGGGAGAGAACUAUACGUUAUCACUAAUCCGAUCCCAUAGAGUAAUUGGGGAUAUAAAGCAGGGGUAGCAGCAGCUAUAAAUCCAGUCAGACCCAAAACCAAGCCAGAUACUUUGGUUGCAUAAGGGGUUAUAAAUACAAGCAUAUUCAGAAGCACAAACGUCUAAAAACAUUCCCUUUUUGACCACUGUUUAGUAGUAGGAGUACUUACCAGCUUGUAUAUGAAGGACAAAGAUUUUCAGAAGGUUAAGAAGAGUAAUCCUGGGAAAGUGUUAGAUGGGGAAGAAUAUACUCAGGAGAUCAUGGCAGAGCCUUUUUCCAGCUUGACUGAAGUUGUAACAACCAAAAAGAAGAGCAAGAACAAGAGGAGGUUCAGUGAUGAACAAAUCAAAUCUUUGGAAUUGAUGUUUGAAUCCGAAUCCAGACUUGAGCCUCGGAAGAAGUUGCAGGUGGCUAGAGAUUUGGGGUUGCAGCCAAGGCAGGUUGCUAUAUGGUUCCAGAACAAGAGAGCUAGGUGGAAAUCAAAGCAGCUCGAGCGAGAUUACGGCAUUCUACAAGCCGAUUACAAAAAUCUAGCUUCCAAAUUCGAUAGUCUAAAGAAAGAAAAGCAGGCCUUAGUGAUUCAGUUGCAGAAGCUGAACGAUUUGCUUAAGAAGCCAAAAGAGGAAGGCCAGCGUUGCGGACAAGGCAUCGAUGGAGACUCAGAUAAGGGAGAGGCUGUCAAGUCUGAUUCUGAAGGACAGGUCAGUUUGUCAAUGGAAAGAUCGGAACAUGCGCUUGGAGUCCUAUCGGAUGAUGAUAGUGCAAUAAAGACAGACUAUUUUGGACUGGAAGAAGAGCCCAACCUUAUAAGCAUGGUGGAACCAGCUGAUGGUUCUCUAACAUCUCCAGAAGAUUGGCGCAGUUUUGACUCUGCUGGUCUCUUUGAUCAGUCCAGUAGUGGUUAUCAGUGGUGGGAUUUUUGGUCUUGAACAAAUGAAAUAACAAGUAUGGAGGAAAAUGUAUGCAAAUAAUCUUCCUUCUGUACAUAACCCAAGAGGAUGUUGGGGCAAACCACCAAUUAGGGGAAAUAGGAGAGGGGAACACUUGAAUAUGCAUCAUUGAAUUUAGAUGAAGAGAACUAGGAUUUUACGGUCCGAGAACAGAUGAAUUCAAGUUAUCCUGUGUCUGAAAUCUAACUUUAGCUUCCCUGGUAUGUACCACUUCGGCCAGGCGAUAGAAUUGGAGUUCACUACUGUUUGCUCUGAUAUCAUGGGCAGGUAAGGCCUAGGAGGCUACCAUAUAGAUCUUCUGUAUGCUGAAUGAUGGAAUUGAACAAUAUGUGUAUAUGUUUGCGUUUGAGACUGGGAGUGUGAGAAAGGUUGAACAAGUAGUUUACUCAAACCAGACCUGUACCAUUUCCAAUGCUAAUUCAGGUAGAACUUUAAAAAGUAGCAAGUUUUCGAAAAAAUGAUAUCCAAAUCAUUUCUUUAA